UUCUAUUUUUCCGUUCCUUCUUUUUCCGGUGGAGUUUUGAUACAUACUGUAGAACACGAUGCAGAAGAAACAAAAAGAACCGAUUCAUUCCGUGCAGGUUUUCGGACGCAAGAAAAGUGCGACCGCAGUUGCUUACUGCAAACGCGGCCGUGGAAAUCUUCGUGUCAAUGGCCGACCAUUGGAGCUGGUAGAACCUCGUGUUCUUCAGUAUAAAUUGCAGGAACCUAUCUUGCUGUUAGGCAAAGAAAAGUUCUCUGGAGUUGAUAUCAGAGUAAGAGUAAGUGGCGGUGGUCAUGUCGCACAAAUCUAUGCUAUUCGACAGGCUAUCUCUAAAGCUCUUGUUGCAUAUUAUCAGAAGUAUGUUGAUGAAGCCUCUAAAAAAGAGGUAAAAGACAUUCUUAUCCAAUAUGACCGCACACUUCUGGUUGCCGAUCCCAGAAGAUGUGAGCCAAAGAAAUUUGGUGGUCCAGGUGCCAGAGCACGAUACCAGAAAUCUUAUCGUUAAAUGUACAUUUUACAUUGCAUUUUAUUCAUAAAAUAAAAAAAUUCAAUAUCUUGUA